GGGUCGGAUUCUCCCAACAAGUCAACCAUGACUGUGGCUGCAGGCAUUUGAUAGGCGUUUGGCUCGUUUGGGCUGCGCCGCCAAUCAAGAAGAAGAAGACAAUCCACGAUCCCGAUCCGAGGAACAAGAAUCGGGCGAUGCAUACCAAGAGAAACAGUGGACGGCCCCGUCCUGUGUCGCUAAUCAUUUCGCGCGCGCUGAGCAUCGCAAUACAUCCAAAACCUCUCCCAAUCAUUUCCCAACGCGAUACACGUCGGCCCGAGGCGUACGUGCAGCUGCCGGUAGCUGCCUGCCUGGCGUUGCUGGCUGAUCCGUCGCUACCGCUGCUCCCGCCACUCCUCAACGACAAGCCGGGCUCCUCACUCGCCGCGCGCGCCAUGGACCCUCUCGCCCUCCUAGCGCUCCCGCGCGCCGCGCGUCCCUUCGCCGCCACCGUCGCGCCGCCAUCGCGUUCCACAAGGCGAGGCGCCGCCCGCCUCGUCCCGUCGGAUCAUCGGUGUCGCGGCGGCGCCUGCCGCCGGGCGUCCGCGUCCGCCGUGGCGCCCGAGGCGCCGCGCGCCGACGAAGCGCCGGCGCCCGCGGAGGAGCGGUUCGAGUGGCUGGACCAGUGGUACCCGUUCGCCCCCGUGGGCGAGCUCGACCCCGGCGCGCCGCACGGCAAGACGGUGCUCGGGCUCAGCGUCGUCGCCUGGUACGACCGCGCCGCCGGCGAGUGGCGCGUGUUCGACGAUGCCUGCCCGCACCGCCUCGCGCCGCUCUCCGAGGGCCGCAUCGACGGCAAGGGCCGGCUCCUGCUCAUGUCCCAUACACACACAGGGGGCUGCUACCCACCUUCCCCAAUGAGGAAGAUCCCGGAAGAGUUGAGCACGAUCGAGAAGGUGGCGAUGCAAUCAAGAUAAACAUAGAGCAAGCCAACAUAGCGGGUUUGUAUCGAUCAUGGAAGGAGGCAGCAUCCAAUUCGAGGCGCCCUGCACAUUACAUGGCACAAAUCCUCGUAAGCCUAGCCUACCCUUCCUUUGUCAAUGCAAGUGAAACUGUGAUAAGGAAUCCAUAGAGCCAUUUAACACAUGUCAAGUAUAAAUGAAUUGUUUUGCUUUCUCAAUUACUCUGUUCUUUUCUCCAACUGAUCCUUGAUCGGUGUAUGUAGCUCAAUAACAUCUACAUUGAGAGCUCAAGUUGAGAUAUAUCUUGGUCUAUUUAUGAUGAGUGAUUAACUGGAUGAUUUGAGGCUUUAUCGGUUAAGUCCAUAUUUUAUAUGUGCAUAAUUAUGCUAAUGGCUAACCGGAUGUGUUGUGUUUGUGUGCGUUGUGUUUUGGUGUUUGUGUAAACCAAAUGUUGUAUGUUGUGUCUCUUGGCUUGUGAUGUGCAGGUGUAGGAUGCAACAUGACGAUCGAUGGCAUGAGGUGAAGUUCAAGCGAAAUGUUCAUGUCGAUGUACUAGGGCUGUGAAGAGUGGACACGAGUAGCCUUGGACCGAGGGACCUGAGGAGUCCGGUCAUGGGCGAUUCACAUGAUGCACGGAAGAGCAAGAGUACACGGAUGGUGGUGGAGACGGCGUCGGCCGAGUCAAGUGGGACGGAGACGAGUCGAGUAGGCGGCCCGGGAGCAAGAGUGAAAGACCUGGAGACGUCGGAGGCUUAGCAGAUGGCGAACACGCGUCGGCAUUGGUGAGUCACGUUGGAUGCGGCGUGCAAGAAGAUUUGACCGCUUUGCCCUCAAAAGUGGGGAUGAGUCACGGCUGCAGGGUGUGCGAGAGGAUUUGACUGGUUUGGCCUCAAAACCGGGGAUGAGUCCGGUGCGGCUGGACGGCGUCGAGUCGGAGGAUGUGUGGCACCAUCGUGAAGAUUGCGUCGAGGCGAAGCUAAGUCGUGAAGGCGCUGGGCCCGUUUGAUAUACGAGAAAAAAAUUAGACGAUUUUACUCAGUUGUGUGAUUGAUGUAAGGGCAUUCUGAUCAUUUUCCGGAUACCUACCACCUCUUUGAGCUAGUUUGGAGGUGAACUUCUCAUUUGUGUUUGUAAGAGUUUUUAGGGUGAGAGAGGAAGAGAGAGGAGUGGAUAAUCUUAUUUUCAUCCAAGCUUUGUUUGUGAUUUGAAGUGGCUGGUAACCGAAUGGUGGGUAAUAGAAAUUCAAUCCCGUGCUCAAUUGCUUCAUUUUCUAUUGUCCCGAGCGUUUUUCUUUUUCGGUAUUUUCGGAGUUAUUUUUGAGGAUUUUUCGUUGUUCGCGUUUGAACUCAAAUCCCGAGAGGUUUGUUAGGGGAAUUUUAUUGCUAAGACCUUUACGAGAGCCACUUUGAUGUGGUCCUCCUCAAAUCCCUCACGAAUUUGGCUUGAAUUUUGAGUUUUCCCUAAAACCGUGUUAUUAGUAGGGUUUCGGUUUUCUCCAAAAUCUGCGAUGGAUACUUGAGCUUUUCGAGAUCUUUUCUAUGGAUCUACUAGACCUUGGGUUUGUGCAUCUAUAGCUCAAGUUUUGUUUCGAAUCGUUGAGUUUUGAGGGAGGAUUUUAGAUUUGAAGUUUGGGCGGAGUUCUUUCCCUUUGUUCUUCUGUUCUUGUUUGUGCAGGGCAUCGGGCGGAGCAAGUCAGGCGCGGCAGCACGCGCAUGCGCACGGGGGCACGCGCAGCGCAGGCGAGCAGGCUCGAGCGAAGCGGGCCAGCAGCUGCGCAGAAGGCCAAGCGGCCCAGCAGCGGGAAGGGCCAGGAGCUCGCAGGCCCAGCAGCGCACUGGGAGCAGGCCAGCGGGAGCAGAAGGCCCAUGGAAAAACGCAGCAGGCCAGUGCACGCGUUGUGCAUGCGGCAGGCCGAGCAGGCCACCAGCAGUGAGGCGUCCCAGGCCCAGCUUCUCAAGCACGCACCGCAGCAGGCCGUCAGGGAGCGCACCGCAGCAGACCGGCCCAUCAGCGACAGCGUAGCAAGCAGGCCGACAGCAGCAGCUUAGAAACUUCAGGGAAGUUUAUUUCUCUUCAACUCACUUUCAUGCUAUAGUAAUGCUACUGUUGAUUCCUUUAUUUAAACAAUCAUGACCUGUUUACAUGCUAAUUAUCCUUUGCAUGCGAGUAAUUUAGCUUACGUAUUCAAGAUACUAUCUAGUGCUAACCCUUGGCUAAUCACUUAUCUUGUUUAAUCUAGAAUUAAUUAUCCUUGCUUGAUUAGUUAAGUAAGUGGUUUAGUAGUAGUUUGGUUUGUUAUCUCUUGUGCAAGCUUUUAGGAGUCACACUUUGCGUUUGCUUCCGCUACGCUUUGAGCGUUUCUAAUCAUUUUCAGUGUAAGCUUGUCAUGAGUUGACUUAUUUCAUCUUGACGAUUCGACGCGAUGUGUGUUUGGGGUGGCAAUUGAGAUAUAGACCUUGUUCUCCGAGAAGAAUACAUUCUUCAUGCAGAACGUUGAUGGUGAGGUAGAGCUUUGGUUCAUGUUCGUGAUCUUCUGCGUCCCGGUUUCUCCUGGGAGGAGCAGGUUGAUCUGGUUGUUCCCGAGAAAUGGUGGUGUUUGGCUCCACAAGAUCACACCGCGGUAGUACUCCCACAUGUUCACGAAUCGUAUAUUCGACUCAGAUAUGUACCUCCUCCAUAUUGAGGUAUGAAGUUUUAAGCGGGAACAUUGUGCUCAACGUGUUCCUUCGCUCCUCCCCGAUGGUAAAAUUCUUUUGAAGGAGCACAAUUUUGCCGCGGUGGGCCUUGAUAACUGGCAUCAAGCUUGCUAUGUGCCCACAUCAUCGGACGGCAUGGUCAUCGCCUUCAGGAACUGGUUCAGAAGGCACUGCAAGAACCAAAUUGUUUGGGCAACUCCACAAGUGGACCAGCUACCAUCAAUCAAAACCAAGGAUAAGCUCUUAGACAGGUAAACACGUUACCAAUUUCCAUAGUGGCCUAAAACAUAAAACUACUGAAGCUUGUGAUGCGUCACUUUCUGAUGGCGUCAACAAUUGGCUCGUUAAUUUCAUCGAGAAGAACUUCUACUUUGAGGAUUAUGUCCAUGCUUACAAGUUUAGUCCACCCUACAUGCAUGUUUCUUACUAGGAGAUUGCAGUUGUAAUAGAAAGGUCAAUUUGUGUAAGAUGGCGAAAAUUAUAUUGCGUGUAGUUAUCAAAAUUUUAGCCAUUGGAUAGCGAUACACGAUUCUUGAAAAAAGAAAAUAAAAAAGAUGGUGAUUAUACAUCCUUUAUAAGGAUGAUAGGAUAAUCCAACAUGCCAAGGUUUUCCAGGGCUUUUUGAAUUC